AUGUACGUUAAGAUCGAAACUGCACGAUUAGACUAUUUUCGUAAUAACCAAAAACAAAUUCGAGCUGAAUUUUACCAAGAUAUUGUUUCUGAAAUGCCUACUUCUUUAAGACGUCUUUUUGCUACGCUUCUUAUGCUUUGCAAUCCCGAUCAUCCAAAGCUUUUGUGGGAUAAAUUUAAGGUUUAUAUUACUGAUGAUUAUAUACAUGACAAUAUAUCUUCGAAAGGUACUGAACUACAGGCUUUAAAAGACAUAGGUUUAAUUUUAGAAUCAUUGGGUAAAAAUAUAAAUGACUAUAAGAUAGUGUCAUUCAGUGUAAAUAUAGAUGAAAAUGAAAGGUUGAGAAGAAUGAUGGUAGAUGAUAUAGGAAAUUUGGAUAUUGAAGGAGGCUUUGCUUGUACAACAAGCUUAAAUAAUGAGCAACAAUUUGCGUAUGAUACAAUUAUGAAAAAAGUAAAUUCCAAAUCAAGUGGAGUUUAUUUCAUUGAUGGUACAGGGGGAGUAGCGCUCCUAGCUUGUGUGAGAUCUCAAAAUUUAAUUGUUUUGGCUACUACAUCUUCUGGAGUAUAUGCAUUUCUUUUACUUAGAGGUCGGACAGCUCAUUCAAGAUUUAAAAUUCCUUUGGAAAUAAUUGGUGAAAUUAGUUGUUCUGUUAGUAAGCAAUCAGCUCUAGGGACUUUGUUGAAAAUGUCAACUUUAAUACUCUGGGAUGAAGCACAUAUGGUGAAUCGUUGUGCUGUUGAAGCUGUUAAUAAAAUGCUGAGAGAUAUAACUGAUUCUAACUUGCCUUUUGGUGGAAAAGUGGUAGUUCUAGGAGGAGAUUUUCGACAAGUUUUACUAUUGAUACCGAAAGGAAAAAAAGAAGACAUAAUAAGAGCUAGCUUAGUUUUCUCUGAUCUAUGGCCUUUGUAUUCACAUCUACCAUUGGUUGAAAACAUGAGAGCGAAAUUUGAUCCCACAUUUUGUGAUUACUUGCUUAGGAUUGUAAAUGGAAUGAAAUUAGAACACAAUUGUAAUUGCAUUCAGCUUCCACACAAUAUAAUUGUACCAUUUGAAGACGAAAUUACAUCUCUAAAAUUUUUAAUAAGUCACGUUUUUCCAAAUAUAGAAGCAUAUGUUGAUAAUUUACAUGUCAUGGCAAAUCGAGUAAUUCUUACGCCUAGAAAUGAAUGUGUUGAUAAUAUUAAUCGAAUUUUACUUGACCAAAAUUCUGGUCAAAUUUACACAUAUUAUAGUUUUGAUGAAGCAAUUGACAAAUUAGAACAAAGCCUAUAUGAAAACUUCUUGAAUACUUUGACUCCAAAUGGUAUUCCACCGUAUGAAUUGAAGCUUAAGAUAAACUGUUUUGUAAUGUUAUUGCGGAAUAUCAAUCCUUCCGAAAGGUUAUGUAACGGAACACGCUUUACUUGUAGAAAAUUUGAUAAGAAUGUAAUUCUUGUUGAAAUUACAAAUGUUAAGAGUCUUACAUUUUGGAUCUCAUUGGGUUUUGUGCUCUUGUAUGAAUUUGGAGUUUCUUGUUUCUUCUUCAAAUGUGAAGGAGUCUUGUGCAACAUUUGCUCCAAGGAGGAGCCAAAUGUCGUACACUGUGAUGUCUUCACAUGGAUUUGCAUAUAUUUGUAUUGUCGUUAUUGGUGGACAAACUUUUCUGAAGGGCUUUUCAAAUCAUCCAAGUUCAUGGCCAAGACUUCUGGUGGUAGUGAUCCAGUCUGCCUUUCGUCCAAAAAGAAGACUUGUCCUACUACUCUAGCUUUGAUCUCUAAGCAAUGA